CUUUUGCAUCGCAGAUAGCCAACUACACACAAUUUUAAUCCUAUCCUUUGGAAUACAUUAAUCAGUCGGGCAUCAUGGUGAUCAUAACGGAGAGCAGCCCGGGGGCCCAGCCCAACCAUACUCAUGGAAGGCCUCUACAGGUCGGCUUCUACGAGAUCAUCCGCACGCUGGGGAAAGGAAACUUCGCUGUGGUCAAACUGGCAAGGCACAAAGUCACCAGAACACAGGUCAGCAUCCCUGCUCUUUUAUUAACAAUGGUUUCAUAUAAUAUUUUAUUCAUUUCAAAAUCACACAGACUGAACUAAAAAUAAAAAAAUUGAUAGAAUCAUAUCAGCCUCUCAUAUUGCAUUUGUCCUAGAUAUAGUAGACCUAGAUACCAGUGUUUUUACAGUUUGCUGUGUUGGUUGGUUGUCCACUGCCAGGUGGCCAUAAAGAUAAUUGACAAGACCAGACUAAACCCGUCCAACCUAGAGAAGAUCUACAGAGAGGUCCAGAUCAUGAAGCUGCUUAACCACCCCCAUAUCAUCAAACUCUACCAGGUGUGUGCUCUCUAUUAUAAUAGGGUGACAUUGUUAUAUUGGAAUUGUGUGUGUGUGUGUGUUCUUUUGGGUGUGUUGACUGACAACAUAUCCUGCAUGGAUACAGGUGAGUGACUGGUCCAUGUGUUUGGCUACGUGUGCACAGAGAGAGACACAGGCUGAGUUGGUGCUGGGGACAAACAACACAGGCAGAAUAAGCAGGAGAGGUAGAGAGCAAGGGAGUAGGGAUGGAGGUGUGGUGCCAAGGAACAGAGGGAUGACGCUUAUCCAGAGGCAGCGCUCCUAGUGGCCGGGGACUUUAAUGUGGGGAAACUUAAAUCCUUUCUACCUCAUUUCUACCAGCAUGUUAAAUGUGCAACCAGAGGAAAAAAAACUCUAGACCACCUGAACUCCACACACAGAGACGCGUACAAAGCUCUCCCUCGCCCUCCAUUUGGCAAAUCUGACCAUAAUUCUAUCCUCCUGAUUCCUGCAUAUAAGCAAAAAAUAAAGCAGGAAGCACCAGUGACUCGGAUAAUAAGGAAGUGGUCAGAUGACGCAGAUGUUAAGCUACAGGACUGUUAUGCUAGCACAGACUGGAAUAUGUUCCCAGGAUUUUUCUGAUGGCAUUGAGGAGUACACCACAUCAGUCACUGGCUUCAUCAAUAAGUGCAUCGAUGACGUCAUCCCCACAGUGAUCGUACGUACAUACCCCAACCAGAAGCCAUGGAUUACAGGCAACAUCUGCACUGAGCUAAAUGGUAGAGCUGCCGCUUUCAAGGAGCGGGACUCUAACUCGGACGCUUAUAAGAAAUCCCGCUAUGCCCUCCGACGAACCAUCAAACAGGCAAAGAGUCAAUACAGGACUAAGAUUGAAUCGUACUACAUCGGCUCCGAUGCUCGUCGGAUGUGGCAGGGCUUGCAAACUAUUACAGACUACAAAGGGAAGCACAGCCGCGAGCUGCCCAGUGACACGAGCGUACCAGACGAGCUACAGUGCCUUGCAAAAGUAUUCAUCCCCCUUGGUGUUUUUCCUAUUUUGUUGCAGUACAACCUGUAAUUUAAAUGGAUUUUUAUUUGGAUUUCAUGUAAUGGACAUACACAAAAUAGUCCAAAUUGGUGAAGUGAAAUGAAACAAAUAACUUGUUUCAAACAAUUCUAAAAACUAAAUUACGCAAAAGUGGUGCCUGCAUAUGUAUUCACCCCCUUUGCUAUGAAGCCCCUAAAUAAGAUCUGGUGCAACCAAUUACCUUCAGAAGUCACAUAAUGAGUUAAAUAAAGUCCACCUGUGUGCAAUCAAAGUGUCACAUGAUCUCAGUAUAUAUACACCUGUUCUGAAAGGCCCCAGAGUCUGCAACACCACUAAGCAAGGGGCACCACCAAGCAAGCGGCACCGUGAAGACCAAGGAGCUCUCCAAACAGGUUAGGGACAAAGUUGUGGAGAAGUACAGAUCAGGGUUGGUUUAAAAAAAAAUAUCUGAAACUUUGAACAUCCCACGGAGCACCAUUAAAUCCAUUAUUAAACAAUGGAAAGAAUAUGGCACCACAACAAACCUGCCAAGAGAGGGCCGCCCACCAAAACUCACAGACCAGGCAAGGAGUGCAUUAAUCAGAGAGGCAACAAAGAGACCAAAGAUAACCCUGAAGGAGCUGCAAAGCUCCACAGCGGAGAUUGGAGUAUCUGUCCAUAGGACCACUUUAAGCCGUACACUCCACAGAGCUGGGCUUUACAUAAGAGUGGCCAGAAAAAAGCCAUUGCUUAAAGAAAAAAAGAAGAUCCUCAAAAAGUUCUACAGCUGCACCAUCGAGAGCAUCCUGACUUGUUGCAUCACCGCCUGGUAUGGCAACUGCUCGGCUUCCGACCGCAAGGCACUACAGGUGGGUAGUGCGUACGGCCCAGUACAUCACUGGGGCCAAGCUUCCUGCCAUCCAGGACCUCUAUACCAGGCGGUGUCAGAGGAAGGCCCUACAAAUUGUCAAAGACUCCAGCCACCCUAGUCAUAAACUGUUCUCUCUGCUACCGCACAGCAAGCGGUACAAAAGGCUUCUUAACAGCUUCUACCCCCAAGCCAUAAAACUCCUGAACAGCUAAUCAUGGCUUCCCGGACUAUUUGCAUUGUCCCCCACACCCCACCUCACCCACCCCAUCCCCUCUUUUUACGCUACUGCUACUCUGUUUAUUAUCUAUGCAUAGUCACUUUAACUCUACCUACAUAUACAUAUUACCUCAAUUACCUCGCCUAACUGGUGCCCCAGCACAUUGACUCUGUACCGGUACCCCCUGUAUAUAGCCUCCCUACUGUUUAUGUAUUAAUUCAAUCCUUUUUUAACUCUCUUUCUCUUUGGUGAGAUGAUGACAGAGGAGCAGAGCAGUAGACAGAGGGAAGGAAAUAGUAUUUUGCUGCUUGGAUGAGUCAGUCUCUAUAGGCUUGUGUGUCAAGCUCAAUUAGCGUCUAUGGAAGUCAAGUGUAAUAUUUCCUAAUGUAAAGGUGGCCCCGCCAAGCACUGCUACUUCUCGGCCGUUAAUGACACUACCACAAAUCCACUUUUUCCCUCAGCAGGCCUGACACUCUGGUGCAGAUGGCCUUACACACACACACACACACACACACACACACACACACACAUACACACACACAAAGUACACACAAAGUACACACAAAGUACACACAAAGUACACACAAAGUACACACAAAGUACACACACAUACACACAAAGUACACACAAAGUACACACACAAAGUACACACACACACAAAGUACACACAAAGUACACACACACACAAAGUACACACAAAGUACACACACACAAGUAUACACAAAGUAUACACACACAAAGUACACACACACACAAAGUAUACACAAAGUAUACACACACAAAGUACACACAAAGUAUACACAAAGUACACACAAAGUACACACACACAAAGUACACACACAAAAAGUACACCCACACCCACACACAGGGCUCAAUGCUACCCCUCUCACAUGCCUUGAGUGAGACAGGAAAGCCUGAUGUGUCAUAUGUCCUCCAGAGGACAAUUCCUCAGUUCCUCUCUAUGUCAGAUGAGCCACUGUGAGCAGAUUAAUACGGAGGGAUAGUCCCCCUAAAGAGACACAGGGCUCUAUCCUCCGAUGCGAAACAGAUGAGCACACUGAGGAGGGAGGGAGGAGGGAGCAGGAGUAUGGGGGGGGAGGGAGGAGGGGGGGGGGUUUCGGGAGGUGAUGGGGGAUGUAGGAUAGGGGAGGAUGUUAUAGAUAGCGUGCGAGAAAGCGAGAGAGAGACGCUUAUACUCUAGACUAUCUCUAGCUCGCAUCUAUCGAGCGAUAUCUCUCUUUCUCUAUCUCUCUCUCGACUCUCUCUUCUCGUUCCUCUCUACUAUCUCUUCAUGGACCAAAACCGUGAGGGCUUGAGCUUGUCAGGUGCUAGCUGUUUGAUGAAGUUUAGAGCAGGUAUCUAUGACCUGAGGGAAACCCUUUUCUCCUUCACACCCCCUCAUCUGCCCACUGAGGGGGAGGUGUAGUGCGGUGAAGGUGAUCUUGUGAUCCAGAGGUCACAUCCUCUCCUUAUCAUCCCCCUCUUCCAAUAACCAAAAACAGAACACUGAAUUACGAGCAGUCUGUACCGUAUGACUAGUCAAGGAGAGGAAGUAGCUAGAAGAGGAGAGGGGGAAAGCCUCAAGAAUAACAUCAAAGCGUUGAACCUUGACCUUUAAAUAAGCUGCAGUUUCCAUCUUAUGUGAACAAAAUGUCCCUUUUUACCCCCCUGCAUCUCUGGAGAUCAUCACAGCCUCUCUCUCUCUCUCUCUCUCUCUCUCUCUCUCUCUCUCUCUCUCUCUCUCUCUCUCUCUCUCUCUCUCAAUUCAAUUACAUUUCAAUUUAAGGGCUUUAUUGGCAUGGGAAACGUAUGUUAACAUUGCCAAAGCAAGUGAAGUAGAUAGCAAACAAAAGUGAAAUAAACAAUACAUAUUAACAGUAAACAUUACACUCAGAAGUUCCAAAAGAAUAAAGACAUUUCAAACGUCAUAUUUUGUCUAUAUACAGUGUUGUAACAAUGUGCAAAUAGUUAAAGUACAAAUGGGAAAAUAAAUCAACAUAAAAAUGUUGUUUGUUCUUCACUGGUUGCCCUUUUCUUGUGGCAACAGGUCACAGAUAUUGCUGCUGUGAUGGCACACUGUGGUAUUUCACCCAAUAGAUAUGGGAGUUUAUCAAAAUUGGAUUGGUUUUCAAAUUCUUUGUGGGUCUGUGUAAUCUGAGGGAAAUAUGUGUCUCUAAUAUGGUCAUACAUUUGGCAGGAGGUUAGGAAGUGCAGCUCAGUUUCCACCUCAUUUUGUUGGCAGUGUGCACAUAGCCUGUCUUCUCUUGAGAGCCAGGUCUGCCUACGGCGGCCUUUCUCAAUAGCAAGGCUAUGCUCACUGAGUCUGUACAUAGUCAAAGCUUUCCUUAAGUUUGGGUCAGUCACAGUGGUCAGGUAUUCUGCCACUGUGUACUCUCUGUUUUAUGGCCAAAUAGCAUUCUAGUUUGCUAUUUUAGUUAAUUAUUUCCAAUGUGUCAAGUAAUUAUCUUUUUGUUUUCUCAUGAUUUGGUUGGGUCUCUCUCUCGCUCUCGUUUUCUGUCUCUCUCUCUCUCUCGUUUUCUGUCUCUCUCUCUCUCUCGUUCACACACUCCCCCACACACCACUCUUCAAGGGCCAGUAUGACGGGCCCUUAACGUGCUAGACUACUUCUCUGGAAGCCUGUAUGACACCAGCAGCACCUCUAGGUGAGAGGGACACAGAGUGGUGCUCAUCUCUCAGAUAAAGACUAUAGAUUACUCCCUGUAUGGGAGCCUCUGUGCCUCCCUAAAUAUUACUGCUGCCCAACACCUCACUGUCUCUCACAGAGUUAGAAAAGUCAAAGAGAAACUGGGUUGGAAAUGAAAUGAGGCUAUAAAAUGUGUGACAUAGCUUUAGGUGUUGGUUUAUUGAGUCCUGGCAGCGAUGUUUAUCAGUCUUUUCUUCAGAUGUGGUAGUGACACAACACUCCCACAAUGUUUGGUCCCCGAGGGCUCUCCUGGCCCUGAGAAGUUUUGGGGAGUUCCAGGAAGGGGAUGGGACAUUGCGUCUUUCCUUCUUUUUAUUUUUGUCUUUGCGGUGGUGAUGGGUUCUCGAUACACAAGCUCGACCUUUGUGUCUGAACUUUUCUUUUUCUUUCCCAGAAUUAAAGAGAUUUGGUUUCUGUUGAAAACUAAUGAAAGACAACACAGUCUUAGUGGGAAUACUGGUUUGAACUGUUUCUGUGUUCAUAUCCUAUAAAUAAAGAGCAUGCAGGAAGUGCCUGUCAGCUCUGUUAUGCAACAGUGCAUAUCAUGGAAAGUCAGCGUGUCGUGUGUGUGUAUGUGUGUGUGAAUGAGAGGAGUUAUGGAACAGGCAGGAGGAAGUGUGGUCAGUGGAAAAAUAAGGUGUCCAGAAAACGUCCCCAGUGCCCAGUCCUGGCUCUGCUAAAACACUUACAGCAGCCUUUACAGUGGAAAGUCCUCUUUCCUCACGUUAUCACUGUAUGUUUAUGUGCAUUUGUGUGUAGCCUACUUCUUGCUAACCUCUCUCCAUUGUCUCUCUUUGUAUUCCUCUUAGGUUAUGGAGACUAAAGAUAUGCUGUAUAUUGUGACAGAAUACGCCAAAAAUGGAGAGAUGUUCGGUGAGGACCAAAUUCAAUAUCCCCAUUGUUGUAAACUGGGUUGGGCUGUUUGAUUUUACGUAAUAAAAGGGGUCAAAUAGAUAUCAAGAUCCUCUCUUACCCAGGAUUUACAGUCCUUAUUUGGUUCUCUGAAUCUUAACUGGCCCCCUCUCUUCUUUUCUCCCUUUCUUCCUCUAGACUACUUGACCUCAAAUGGGCGCAUGAGCGAGGACGAGGCACGGAAGAAGUUCUGGCAAAUCCUGAUGGCGGUGGACUACUGCCACAGACACCACAUCGUUCACCGUGACCUCAAGACUGAGAAUCUGCUGCUGGAUGCCAAUAUGAAUAUCAAACUGGCCGGUGAGUCUGUGAUAACAGAUAGUAGACUACCCUCUGUCCUUGAUGGUUCCCUACUGAUGUUCAGACAGCUACAUUUCUCUACUAAAGAGAAGCCAUGCAUCACUGGGUCUGUGCUAAUGAAGUGCCAACUGCCAAGAAUUAGAGGAUUCUUCAGGGUAAAAUAGUAGGAUCAGAGCAGGGCUGAUCUGAUGCCGCAAAGGCCCAGUGUGACAGUCUGUAGUCAGUAAACACACACACAAACAAACACACACGCACGCACACGCUAGCACACACAUGGGCACCCACACACAAACACACACAAAUAAUCAUGAGUUUCACUAACAAGUCGAUCUCUCUCUCCCUCCCAUUCAGACUUUGGAUUCGGAAACUUCUACAACUCAGGCGAGCCCCUGUCUACGUGGUGUGGCAGCCCUCCCUAUGCAGCACCCGAGGUGUUCGAGGGGAAGGAGUACGAAGGGCCACAGUUGGAUAUCUGGGUAAGGGCUCACAGGGAAACCGCACACAACAUGGCUACCCAUGUUUUGAACGCAGGUGUUUUAUUUAUUUAUUUAUUUUUAUUUAACCUUUAUUUAACCAGGUAAGCCAGUUGAGAACAAGUUCUCAUUUACAACUGCGACCUGGCCAAGAUAAAGUAAAGCAGUGCGAUAAAAACAACAACAACACAGAGUUACAUAUGGAAUAAACAAAACGUACAGUCAAUAACACAAUAGAAAAUCUAUAUACAGUGUGUGCAAAUGUAGUAAGUUAUGGAGGUAAGGCAAUAAAUAGGCCAUAGUGCAAAAUAUUUACAAUUUAGUAUUAACACUGGAGUGAUAGAUGUGCAGAAGAUGAUGUGCAAAUAGAGAUACUGGGGUGCAAAUGAGCAAAAUAAAUAACAAUGUAAAUAACAAUAUGGGGAUGAGGUAGUUGGGUGGGCUAAUUACAGAUGGGCUGUGUACAGGUGCAGUGAUCGGUAAGCUGCUCUGACAACUGAUGCUUAAAGUUAGUGAGGGAGAUAAGUGUCUCCAGCUUCAUAGAUUUUUGCAGUUCGUUCCAGUCAUUUGCAGCAGGGAACUGGAAGGAAUGGCUGCCAAAGGAGGUGUUGGCUUUGGGGAUGACCAGUGAGAUAUACCUGCUGGAACGCAUACUACGGGUGGGUGUUGCUAUGGUGACCAAUGAUCUAAGAGAAGGCGGGGAUUUGCCUAGAAGUGAUUUAUAAAUGACCUGGAGCCAGUGGGUUUGGCGACGAAUAUUUAGUGAGGGCCAGCCAACGAGAGCGUACAGGUCACAAUGGUGGGUAGUAUAUGGGGCUUUGGUGACAAAACAGAUGGCACUGUGAUAGACUACAUCCAAUUUGCCUGAGUAGAGUGUUGGAAGCUAUUUUGUAAAUUACAUCGCCGAAGUCAAGGAUCGGUAGGAUAGUCAGCAUGAGUGAAGGAGGCUUUGUUGCGAAAUAGGAAGCCGAAUCUAGAUUUAACUUUGGAUUGGAGAUACUUAAUUUGAGUCUGGAAGGAGAGUUUACGGUCUAACCAGACACCUAGGUAUUUGUAGUUGUCCACAUAUUCUAAGUCAGACCUGCCGAGAGUAGUGAUUCUAGUCGGGCGUGCGGGUGCAAGCAGCGUUUGAUUGAAGAGCAUGCAUUUAGUUUUACUAGCGUUUAAGAUCAGUUGGAGGCCACGGAAGGAGUGUUGUAUGGCAUUGAAGCUCGUUUGGAGGUUUGUUAACACAGUGUCCAAUGAAGGGCCAGAUGUAUACAAAAUGGUGUCGUCUGCGUAGAGGUGGAUCUGAGAGUCACCAGCAGCAAGAGCGACAUCAUUGAUAUACACAGAGAAUAGAGUCGGCCCGAGAAUUGAACCCUGUGGCACCCCCAUAGAGACUGCCAGAGGUCCAGACAACAGGCCCUCCGAAUUGACACAUUGAACUCUAUCUGAGAAGUAGUUGGUGAACCAGGCGAGGCAGUCAUUUGAGAAACCAAGGCUAUUUAGUCUGCCAAUAAGAAUGCAGUGAUUGACAGAGUCAAAAGCCUUGGCCAGGUCGAUGAAGACGGCUGCACAGUACUGUCUUUUAUCGAUCGCAGUUAUUAUAUCGUUUAGGACCUUGAGCGUGGCUGAGGUGCACCCAUGACCAGCUUGGAAACCAGAUUGCAUAGCGGAGAAGGUACGGUGGGAUUCGAAAUGGUCGGUGAUCUGUUUGUUAACUUGGCUUUCAAAUACUUUCGAAAGGCAGGGCAGGAUGGAAAUAGGUCUGUAAUGUUUGGAUCUAGAGUGUCACCCCCUUUGAAGAGGGGGAUGACUGUGGCAGCUUUCCAAUCUCUGGGGAUCUCAGACGAUACGAAAGAGAGGUUGAACAGGCUAGUAAUAGGGGUUGCGACAAUUUCGGCAGCACAUUUUUAGAAAGAAAGGGUCCAGAUUGUCUAGCCCAGCUGAUUUGUAGGGGUCCAGAUUUUGCAGCUCUUUCAGGAUAUCAGCUAUCUGAAUUUGGGUGAAGGAGAAGCGGGGGGGGGGGGGGGGGGCAUGGGCAAGUUGCAGCGGAGGGUGCAGAGCUGGUGGCCGGGGUAGGGGUAGCCAGGUGGAAAGCAUGGCCAGCCGUAGCAAAAUGCUUAUUGAAAUUCUCGAUUAUCGUCGAUUUAUCGGUGGUGACAGUGUUUCCUAGCCUCAGUGCAGUGGGUAGCUGGGACUUUACAGUGUCCCAAAACUUUUUGGAGUUAGUGCUACAGGGUGCACAUUUCUGUUUGAAAAAGCUAGCCUUUGCUUUCCUAACUGCUUGUGUAUAUUGGUUCCUGACUUCCCUGAAAAGUUGCAUAUCGUGGGGGCUGUUUGAUGCUAAUGCAGUAUGCCACAUUAUGUUUUUGUGCUGGUCAAGGGCAGUCAAGUCUGGGGUGAACCAGGGGCUAUAUCUGUUCUUAGUUCUGAAUUUUUUGAAUGGGGCAUGCUUAUUUAAGAUGGAGAGGAAAGCACUUUUGAAGAACAUCCAGGCAAACUCUACUGACGGAAUGAGGUCAAUAUCCAUCCAGGAUACCCGGGCCAGGUCAAUUAGAAAGGCCUGCUUGCUGAAGUGUUUUAGGGAGCGUUUGACAGUGAUGAGGGGUGGUCGUUUGACCGCGGACCCAUUACGGACACAGGCAAUGAGGCAGUGAUCGCUGAGAUCCUGGUUGAAGACAGCGGAGGUGUAUUUAGAGGGUAAAUUAGUCAUGAUGAUAUCUAUGAGGGUGCCCAUGUUUACGGAUUUAGGGUUGUACCUGGUAGGUUCCUUGAUGAUUUGUGUGAGAUUGAGGGCAUCUAGUUUAGAUUGUAGGACGGCCGGGGUGUUAAGCAUAUCGCAGUUUAGGUCACCAAGCAGUACGAACUCUGAGAAUAGAUAGGGGGCAAGCAAUUCACAUAUGGUGUCCAGGGCACAACUGGGGAUUGAGGGACGUCUGCAGGUUGGGAUUUAUUGUCAUGAAUCUUGCCCUGGAGACAGCUCUGCAGAGUGGUCACAAGCUGGCACAGUCACAAAGUCAUAAGAUCUGAUUUUAAACCUAACAUGCUGACCACACCGCCUGCAUUGCGUUUGCAAGCUUUGCAAAAUAAAUGUACACAUACAUGUUAUUCAAUAAUUUCAAUUGCUCGCGCACAUCAAUGAGCGUCUGCGUAUCUAGGCGCUAAAAUAGAACUUGGUUCUAUUUUUGACGCGCUGCAUGUCCCGUCUCUCCCAUCUCCUCAUUGGUUUUUAGGAGCAUAUACCCACGUGGGUGAUUGAAAGAUGAACUGAGGUCCACACUCCAGUCCAGUUGGUGGGGGUAAUGCACCUUAAAGUUGUAUGCCAACCGCCAUAUAAAGUCCACAAAAGAAGAAGAAGCCUGAAGGAGGAGAGUUUACUAGAAACUAACUAGGUUUCCCCUUUUAUCUGCGGAUUUUGUGUGGCUCAAAAUGGGUCAAAAUUCUACAAAGAUCCAAAAAAAAGGACCUUGUGCAUUUCAGGUACAAUAACAACCCAAUGUUUAUAUCCCAGGACAAAUUAGCUAGCAACAGCAAGCUAGCCAGCUAAAUGUCCAUUAAUGUUUUAUGUGUUUCGACCUGUUUCGACCUGCUUCAGAGUAUGUUUUGAUAUUUCAACCUGCGUGUCCUGAUUGCGUCUGAUGUGGAUGGACAAAAUCAAUAUGUGCGCGAUGGCGGAUGCACGCACGUGCCCUGUCUAGUCAGCAUAUAACCCUAACCUUAACCCUAACCUUAACCACACUGCUAACCCUAAUGCCUAACCCUAAUCAUAAAUAAAUACCAAAAAGCUAUUUUUUGUUUUCCAUGAAUAUUUUACAAUAUAGCAAAUUUUGACUUUGCAGCUGGCCUAUCUAGCAAAAAUCGCUCAGUUCUGCCUACAGGGCAAGAUUCAUGACAAUAAACGUAGCGUUUUGAAACCAAGUUCUACCAUUUUCAUGUCAAACAAAUGAAUACAGAAGUAGAGGGAGAGACCAUUUGUUGAUGUUCUCCUCCUGGUCUAUCUCUCCUCUACAGAGUUUGGGUGUGGUUCUGUACGUUCUCGUGUGCGGAUCCCUUCCGUUCGACGGGCCCAGCCUCCCCGCCCUCAGACAGAGAGUCACAGAGGGGCGCUUCAGAAUCCCCUUCUUCAUGUCUCAAGGUACACAUCACCAUGGCAACAACACAGUGAAACAUUUCAAAGUGUGAUUGGGAUUGAUAGCUUUACUGUUUAUAUUAAAUAAAAGCACACGCUAUAGCAUCAGAGAAUGACCUUGCUUUCCCUUCUACCUCUUUCCCUCCCUCCCUCCAUCCUCCUUCUCUCUCCCUCCCACUCUUUUCCCCCCAGACUGUGAGAACUUGAUCCGUAAGAUGCUGGUGGUGGACCCAGCCAAGAGGAUCAGUGUGGCCCAGAUCAAGCAGCACCGCUGGAUGCUGGCCGACCCCACAGCUCCUAACCAGACCCUCAGCAUGGCACUGCCCCUCACAGACUACAACUCCAACCUGGGGGACUACAGCGAGUCCGUCCUAGGCAUCAUGCAAACCCUGGGCAUCGACCGCCAGAGGACCAUCGAGGUGAGUGGAGGAUUGGUUGAUUUGUUAAUUGGCUGAUUGGUUGAUUGGUGUUAUCAUCAUGGAAGGAGGAUUAGAAGAGGGUAAUGAGUGAGUGGAGCUGCGUUGUUAUAUAGAUUACAGGUUAUAGGUUAUAGGUUAUAUAGUAGUUUAUACAGAGUAUCACUAGUGUCAUAGGAAUACAGUAUUUGAAGUACACUGUAGAAACAGCUAAUGGGGUUGGGUACUGGGUUGAAAGUGGUGGGGCUUUGAGACAGUUAGUCAUGUCUGGUAGUAGAGCAGGUGGUAUGUUAUGCUGCCUCCCAGGCAGGCACCACAGUCAAACCCACCCUGGAUCCCUGUAUGCCUGGUGGGCUUACUACUCGUUUUGUAGGGAGAAUUAGGGGGAUAACUGGCAUCUGCUUUUAAAGGCUGACACUGAGCACUGAGGAGACGAGCUCCAACAGGAGUCUCUCAGUAGAUCAGACUGAGUGAGCACAAAGUGACGGGCGCAGAGCGUGUGUCCGUGUGUGUUUCCUGUCUGACAGAGAAAUAAAGAAAGAAAUAGAGAAUGAGAGAAACAGGGAGAGGAGAGUAAAAAGAUGGCUAAUACAGUCCUUUAUUAUGACACCCUUUUAACCAAAAUGGCUGACUAACAAGUCCUUGUCUUUUGCCCCAGUCUCUGCUGAGCAGCAGCUACAACCACUUCUCUGCCAUCUACUACCUGCUGUUGGAGAGGGACAGGGAACACCGGGCCCUGCAGCUCAGUCGCCAGUGUGGGCCCCGGACCCAGAAACCCAGGAGCACCUCCGACUCCGGUACCCCAGAGGUCAUCAUGGAGGACAGCUUCAGAACUUCAGCCUACCCCAUUCAGUGCAAGACCACACCUCCCAUGCACUCAGAGAUGGAAUAUGACCAAAGUGCAUUGUUCCAGCGUGUGAUGUUCCCGGUGGAAGCCAGUCUGAACCGACAGCUGUGUAACCGCUCCAUCUCCCCAAACAGCCUGCUGGAGACCAGCAUCAGUGAGGAGGUGCGGCCCCGUGACUUGGAGGAGGAGGAGGUCACACACACCUGCUCACCCCUCAUCCUGCCCACCACCACCUCCCGGCGACACACCCUGGCCGAGGUCUCCCCUCACUUCCACGAGUGCAACCCCCCCUGCAUCGUGGUCAGCCUCUCCGACGGUGCAUCGUCUGACAGCUGUCUGAAGUCAUUGUCCACCCCCAACCCUGCCCUGCGCCCCCCUGUGGGGGGCCUGUCAGCCAUGACAGCCUCUGGGACUGGCCCCAGGGCGCUGGUCCCUGCCGGUACCCACCCGGCCCUCUUCUCUCACCUACUCCCCCAGGCCCAGGCUUCCAGCUUCCAGGAGGGCCGCAGAGCCUCUGACACCUCCCUCACACAAGGUAUGGGUGAUGUCAGUUUAUAACCAUUACAUACAGUAUGUAUCAUUCACAUCAUCAUCAUCAUCAUCACUACAAGGAAAUGUAUCAGGCCUAACAGCAUUUAACCGAUCCCCUCUGUGCGCCUCCCCAGGUCUGAAAGCCUUCCGCCAACAGCUGAGGAAGAACACGCGCACUAAGGGUCUUCUGGGUCUGAAUAAGAUCAAUGGUCUGGCAAGGCAGGUCUGUCCUCUGACCUCCGACCACAGUAGCCGUGGCAGCCGGGGAUCAAUAGGCCCCACCAUCAAUGAGCACUGCAGCAUGCUGGAGGAAGUUCUGCACCAGCAAAGGUAAGAUGGGGACACACACACAGACACACACACACACCUGCACAUAAAUAUAAUCACAGCCACAUAGUCACAGUAAGUGCAAUUCUAACCCCUCCUCUCUGUCUCUAUUUACAGAAUGCUCCAGAUACAGCACCAGCCCCAGGCUCCUCAGUCAGCAUCUACCCAGAACCCCCUGUUCUUCCUGUCCCAGCAGCAGCCCCCCUCCCCCACCUCUGUCUUUGCCCCCUCUACCCUGUUUGACACACCCACCCCCUCCCUCCUCCAGGAGGAACCUCAACACCUGUCCCUACACCAGAGCCCCCUGGCUCUCCAGCACGCCUUCUGGCAGCAGCCUCUGGAGUCAUCUUCCUCCUCCUAUGGCUCCUCUUCCUCCUGCUCCUCAUCAUCAUCCUCCUACUGCGCCUCCUCUUCCUCCCUCUCCCCCGUGGCCUCCGCUGCUUACCUCCUCGAGGCUCGCCUGCACAUCAGCCAGCAACCCAGCCUCUAUCCCCAGACCAACCUCCACUACCAACCCCAGGCCCAGAACCAGGCCUUCACCCAGGGCCCCUUCCCCCUCAUGGUCAGGCAGGGGAGGUGGAGCCUGGAUUCAGCCUCCGGGAGAGAGUCUGAGAUGCAGGAGCUGAGCCGGGCUGGACAGCUGAGCAGCUGUGUGAUGGUGAAGUAA